ACGUUCGCCUUACCUUACCUGCCGCACCUGUCCACGGGCCUCUUCCUCACUCCCCCGUCCUCUCUUUGCUCCCAUUGCGAGCCCUCUUCGUCCCUCUCGUUGUGCCUCCGACCAUCCACUUGCCUUUCCUUCCUUCCGUUCUUCCUUUCUUGCUUCGUUCCUUGUCGCCUCCUCCCGUGUCUCUGCCAUCUCCCUCCCCUCGCACGGCCUGCUUCCGGAGAACGGGUCUGUGUUGCUGCUACCGUCCAUUUGGCUAAUGGCCAUAUUCAGCGACAGGCCUGCUCCCGCUUCGUCCAGAAGAUACUCACCCCAGUACGAUGCUCACCACCUCUGUGACGCCGGCCUAGUACCUCCGCCCAAGCACAGCGCACACACUGCCAUGGAUCCUGAUCCACGUCAACGGAACGGCCGUGUCGCAGGUCUAGACGAAGCCUGGCGAUACCAACAGCAGCCAAAUUUACAGAAACACCACUACGAGCAUUCUCCAGUUCAUAUUUCUAUGCCACGUAAUGGUGUUGUUCCUCCACCUGCUCCUAAUCCCCCACGAGUCCGCCACGACGCGGGUUAUGAGCAGGCAGUCCGGCGCUCACCCCAACAAAGGGUCGUCUCGAACCCGGCUGGUGUAUAUCGGUCAGGCUACCCAUCUCCAGCGUCCCUGCCUAGCCACUCGCGCUCGUACUCUGGCCCGGGCUCGCGGCCGUCGUCAAGCCACGCCAGUGAUGGACCGCCGCUCGCACCACCUCCGCCGCUGUCCUUCCUUUCACACGUGCGAAAUCAGAGACGGAGGAGCUCGAAUACAAGAGACGGACAGCCCAAGGUGCUCUCCCGUCGAAGCAAACUAUGGCCGCCAGAGGGCUAUCACAAGCGCGAUGGGCUGACGCUCAAAGAGGCAGAGAAGCUGAUUACGCGAGGCGCCUCGACAUUUACGGGAUAUGCCCAUAACAUCAAGCACGCUCCCGAAGGCCACUUUAGGUUUUUCGCCGUCAUGGACGAGGAAAGCGGCACACGGACAGACCGGGCCACCUUUGAUCACGCAUCUUUCGAGAGUAUCACUCUGUCCAUGCACGGAGCGCCUAGCAGCCGCUUCCCUUGGAUGUCCCUCGAGCAGCCGAGCAUGGCCUUUGCAUUUGGCAAAUCUCCUGGCACGACUACACUGACUUAUUACAUUGGAAAGUCCGGUAGCCUGCAACCUCCCGUGGCUUUCGGCUCCAAGGUAAAACCCCGCAAGAUGAAGCUUAUUAAUAUUCUUGAACGGUUGCGCGACCUCCAGAUGCAAGGUUUGCAGGAUGAAGAGAAUUUCGUGCAGACGUACCACUUCCUGUACGAGAAGCUGAUUGAGGAUCCGGAUCGCGAGGAUAGUCCGCACUAUGAGCGCGCCUUACAGAUCGCUGAUUUGAUCACGGUUCUAAGCAACCCUGACUGGAUUGAUUUUAGCUUGCCACGGUAUCAGGUCGUGGCCAAGUUUUUCGACAGCCAUGACGAAAAGAUCAGACGCCGGUUUUUCCACCAGCUCCUGCUUGCGACGGAGCUGUACCUACGUAUCGAGGCGCCAGUGCACGAGGAGAGAGCAAAGGCGCUCCUGCUAGAGCAGAUUCCGCCAAAGGUGGCCUGGGACUUGGCGCUCGCCCGCCGCUGGUUGGAGCACAUGUCCAUCGAGCGCAUGGCUCUGUCAGAGACGCAGUCCACCUUCUCAUUCACACUAAUGAGUAAGAGGCAACAGAAGGAAGCCCUGUGGCACUUUGCGCAGCUACUCAAGUGGCCAAAUCUGGGAGAACUAAACUACAUUCUUGAAGAGAAAGACGCGUAUGAGAAGUCAAUUGAGGACCGUUCCGCUGAUGCCUUGUCCUGGUUCACUGGCGUGGUUCUCCCUGGGCCCACACUGCCGUGGUUGCUAAUGAACACACUCAUUGACUGCGAUCGUGACACAGGCGACGAAUUGACAACUCUCACACACAUUCACCCUAACUCUGGAUUUCAGUAUCGUGCAAACACGUACUGGUCCACGCAGUGCAUCGUGGGAAAGGUGCUGGGGGCCAGCCGCGGCGUUCGACAGGCCGCCGGCUGGAUCGGCCCAUGCUAUUACACACCCGAGCUCGAGCGCGCUCAAUGCGUUGUCGUUCGGCAGUUGGAGCCGCUAGAUCGCCUGCUCACAAGCUACGACGUGAACUCUAUGCACGAGCGCACCGCACCCCUAGGCCCAGAUGCUGACAAGUAUCCUGUCGGCGACUACGACUUAAUCGUGCCAAAUACUAAUGUUGUUGAGGAUAUUAUCCGUAUACAAAAGCUCAGCUUCAACCCUCGUAUCCCCAACAAUCCAAACAGGGUGGUCUCGCAGUCCUGCGAUGAAUGCCGGAGUGGCAGUAAGGUCUUUGAUGCGGCAAUUGUGUUUGCCUUCGCUGAGAAAAGCCUGCCAAUUCGUCUCCGCUACAACGUCGACUUUGUCAUGGCGUUCCCCUGCGCGUAUGGUCCCCAUCCAUUAUACCACGAAUACAAACAUCGCAUCAUCCGUGUCGACGACGGCCUCGCUGAGCUGACAAACUGGCCCGCGCGUAAUGGACUCUCGCGCACGAGCGCGCGUGCUUCGAGGUCUAGGAAGGUGUCACCGACUGUAGAAGGCGAUGAUGCAAACGACCGUUUGUUGGUCUCCCGGGCAGAUAUGGCGCUUUCUUUGAACCAGCCAGAACCGCGAAUUGGAGACGAUAGUUCCUCCACCUCGACACCCAGUGACGAGAACGGUUUGGUGCGCGAGGUACUCGUCAUCGAAGCCUUCGGAGUCAGCGAUAACGAGGUGUUUGCCCGCGCAUGGUGUGCGCAGUACGGUGUUGGGGCCGUCAUAGCCAACGUGCGGGAAACAUGCGUCGCGUGUGCCGUGAGGGAGGCUUUCGCAGCUGGGCUAACGGUUACGAUUCUCACUGAAGGGGGUUCAGAGAAGGAAGAGGAUCGGGUUACCAUGUGAGCUGUACUUCUUUAUGAACUUCUCGUGGCGAGAACGCUGCAUUUCUUUAUGACACAGCAGCACAGGGAACCCUUUUAUGAGGCCGAGCUUCUAUGACCUUGAAAAUUGUUGACGGUCUUAAUGUGUAUAAUAACGAGACUGACGCAUUAUGAUAAUGGUUCGAGAAGGUCCUUGAC